AUGCAGAACCAGACAAGUGCUCUUCAUGGCUUGGAAUCUGUUAAAGAUAUCGGUGUAACCAACGAAAAUUAUAUGCGAAUGAUAAAAGAUUUUAUGGCCCAGUACAAUCGUGUUUCAGAGUAUUGUUUUAAUAAUUGUGUCAAGGAUUUUACUUGCAGGUGGUCAUCUUUUUGUCUGUUUUUUUGCUUAUUCCAUGUUUUUUUUUGUUUUCUUAUUGGUUUUUUGGUUUCAUCGAUUUUACGGUUUAAUUAG